GUGGGUGAGUGCCUGAAGUUGAAUUGCGGUGGUUUUAACCGUUGUCUUUUAUCUUGUUAGAAUACGCUACAGCGUGGAACGCACACUCUUAUCGCUUAUGAAUAGACGAAGAACAGAUACAAACGUCACUCUCUCCUUCUCUUCUCUCUUUCAAUAAUCAACAAACCGAAAUCCCUAGAAAUCUCCUUCGAUUUCCGCUCCAUUUCGCCAACGAAUUUAAUCUCAAAUUUGCGUUGACAGCUGAGUUUCUCCAAUGACUUCUUCUACUGCUGCCACCUGGUCUCCGAGCUCUCUCCAGCUCCGAUUAGCUCUCCGUAGAAGAAGUUGCAGAUUGUCCCCUGCGGUUCUUGUACGGUUGCGAGAAAGGAAGCUGGAUCACGAAGUUCGAUUGCUCUGUUGUGUGUCUCAAAAGGGUAAUGAGCGGAAACGGCGUCGUAACGGAAGGAUAGCAGCGGACUCCGCUGAUGGUAGUUUUGCGGGAUGGUCAGAUUCGGAUGACGGUGAAAAGUCAAUCGAAACGCAGAAGAAUAAAUGGUUUGGAGGGGCUGUUGGAGCUGGAGUAGCUGGAGUCAUCCUAGUCACUGGGCUUACCUUUGCAGCAUUGUCCAUGGGUAGACGCAGCACCUCCAAAUCCAAACAGCAGAUGGAACCCUUGACAACUCAGCAAGAAGCUUUACUGACCACCGAUAAUGAGACUGCAGAACUUGAGGAGGGUGGAGGAGGGAGCAGGAAUUUGAAGGAAGACGAUAGUAGUCCACAUAACAGGAAAGGUAUAGAUAAGGAUCUUGCCACAUCUCCUGCAUCUAAUGAAGCUUCCAGUGAGAAUAGACUUGAAAUGGAUAAUGAAAACUCAUCAGUAAAUGUUGUCCAACACACAUCCAGUGGCAGUGAUGCCUAUAAUAAUCCUUCUGAUCAAGAAAGUUUGCGACAUGAAUCAGCUUUGGAUGACAGAUCAGCUGUUUCUGACAUUAUCCUGAAAUUGCCAGAAAAUGAGACUGUUGAUUCUUUUGUCAACCCUGGUCUUGAACAUGCAGAUGGUAGCCUUGCUGCCAUUUUACCUGAAUCAUCUUCUGAAAUUGAGGAGGUUGCUGUCCAUGUUAGAUCAAACAACUUCCCUAAUCCAUUGAACCCUAACACUGGUAUCCAGGACCAAUUGCCCGAGCCAAAAGUAGAAGAGGAUUCAAAUUUUCCAUUGGAUUCUCCCAGUUCAGCUGUCCAUGAACCUAGUGAGCCUGAGGCUGCGAUUGUCUCAGUCCAUUCAGAGCUGGAUUCAGUUUUUGAAACUGUAGUCAAUAAUGAUCUGGAGUCAUUAACCUCGCCUUCGUCCAAAGAAAGUAUUGACAUAAGCAAAGCACCACAAGCCUCAACUGAGAACAAUAUUUCAUCUCAGGAGUUCCAUAGCGUAAAUGAAAGUGGGUCUUUCAGAAUGACUGGUGUGUCAGGAUCAGCUAAUCCCUUUAAAAAUGAAAAUAUAAUAAAUGUUGAUGAUAACAUGUAUAGAAGCAAAUCAUAUUUUGAAUUGCCAGCUCCUGGGAAUUCCUUUUCCUCUGCUGGUAUACCUGCUCCAUCUGUAGUUUCUGCAGCUCUACAGGUGCAUCCUGGAAAGGUAUUGGUUCCUGCAGUUGUUGAUCAGAUUCAAGGACAGGCAUUAGCAGCACUACAAGUUCUGAAGAAUCUUUGUUUCUUUCAGGUCAUUGAGGCAGACGUUCAAGCUGGUGAUCUGUGUACACGUCGUGAGUAUGCGCGAUGGUUGGUUUCUGCAAGCAAUGCUCUUUCAAGGAACACAAUGUCAAAAGUAUAUCCUGCCAUGUAUAUAGAGAAUGUUACUGAACUAGCAUUUGAUGACAUCACGCCUGAGGACCCUGAUUUCACAUCCAUUCAAGGCUUGGCUGAGGCAGGACUUAUCUCAAGCAAGCUUUCAAGGCGUGAUUUUCUUUCUUCUUCAUCUGAAAAUGAAGGCCCAUUCUACUUCUCUCCUGAAAGCCCUCUGUCACGCCAGGAUCUUGUAAGUUGGAAGAUGGCUUUAGAGAAACGACAUCUCCCUAAGGCUGAUAAAAAGAUCUUAUAUGAGAGCUCUGGAUUUGUAGACGUUGAUAAAAUAAAUCCAGAUGCAUGGCCUGCACUUGUAGCUGACUUAGCUACUGGGGAACAGGGAAUAAUAGCACUUGCCUUCGGUUGUACAAGACUGUUUCAGCCGGAUAAGCCAGUUACGAAAGCACAAGCAGCUGUUGCUAUUGCAACAGGUGAGGCUUCUGACAUAGUUAGUGAGGAGCUUGCACGUAUCGAAGCAGAAUCUAUCGCAGAAAAUGCCGUCGCUGCACAUAGUGCUCUUGUAGCUCAAGUUGAGAAGGAUGUCAAUGCAAAUUUUGACAAGGAGCUUUCCAUGGAAAGAGAGAAGGUUGAUGCCGUAGAGAAAAUGGCUGAAGAGGCAAAACAAGAAUUACAAAGGUUAAGAGCUCAGAGAGAGGAGGAUAACAUUGCCCUAAUGAGGGAGCAUGCUGCUAUCGAUUCACAAAUGGAAGUUCUCUCAAAGCUAAGGCGUGAGGUGGAGGAGCAGUUGGAGAGCCUAAUGAAUAACAAGGUGGAGAUAUCUUAUGAAAAGGAAAGAAUUAACAAACUUCGACAAGAAGCAGAAAAUGAAAACCAAGAGAUUGCCAGGUUGCAGUAUCAGCUGGAGGUUGAGAGAAAAGCUUUGUCUAUGGCCAGGACUUGGGCUGAGGAAGAGGCAAAACGAGCAAGAGAACAAGCAAAGGCACUUGAGGAAGCUAGAGAUCGUUGGGAGAGGCAUGGCAUCAAGGUAGUCGUUGGCAGUGACCUUCAUGAAGAGAGCUCUGAACGCGUUACAUGGCUCAAUGCUGGAAAGCAGUUCUCGGUAAAAGAAACUGUCAGCAGGGCUGAAAAUUUGGUGGAAAAGCUCAGGAUAAUGGCAAAUGAUGUCAAAGGGAAAUCUAGAGAGGUAAUUGAUAAGAUCAUCCAUAAAAUACUCUCUCUCAUUUCAGAUUUGAAGGAAUGGGCAUGCAAAACCAGUGCAAGAGCCAACGAACUCAAACAUACCACUAUCUUGAAGGCGAGAGAAUCAGCGCAAGAUUGGCAAAGAAUCACAACAGAGUUGAAUUUGGCUGUGAAGGAAGGCACAAAAAGGUUAGCAAUAGACUGUAGGGAAGGGGUAGAGAAGAUCUCUCAGAAGUUCAAAACAUGAACAUUCUACUUUUGUUUCAGCCUAAAUGCACAAAUAAUUGUUUUUGCCAGCUUUUGCUGCUGAUGAGCUAGCAAUGUAACAUUCACACUUUCCAACCACCACUGCUAGUUGAUGGAAAUGGGGUGUUAACAGCAAACUGAUAUCAAAUAAAACUUCCAUAGUUUGAUGUGCAAAAUA